CGUCUGUAACCUUACAUUCACAUUUUACCACCACCACAACCACCCGUCUUUGGUCCUAUUUUCCCGGAAAAUAUUUUCCGAUCGACGUCUCUUUCUAUUUGAAAGCAUCUUCCGUCGAAUAUUCGCAUUUGCAUGGCAGUAAGUUUUCUGAAUCGGGAGGUAUCUGACCUGUGCUUAGGUAAGCCGGCGUUGAAGCCAAUUCCGGCGGGAGCCACCCUAUCCGAGGCGUUGACGGCGUUGAAAAAGUCCGGCGAGACUCAUGUAAGCGUUUGGAGCUGUGACCAUUCAAGGAAGGUUCUAGAAGAAGAUUCCGCGUGCAUCUGUAUUGGGAAGAUCUGUAUGGUGGAUGUGAUUCUAUUUCUCUCUAAGGAAGAGAAUUUGGUUAAUCCUUCUAAGGCUCUUCAAACUCCUGUUUCCUUCAUUUUGCCUGAAGGCAAUUCCAUAGUUAGGCAUUUGGAUCCCAAUUCCAGCUUGCUGGAAGCAAUAGAUUACGUUCUUGAAGGUGCACAGAAUCUGGUUAUACCAAUUCAAAACUACAAGAGCACCCCUUCGAGAAAAAAACUUUUGAGUAAAGCGUCCUAUCUGAGUCCCGCAUCAUAUCAUAACGGAGUUGAAUACUGCUGGCUAACGCAGGAAGAUAUUGUCCGGUUUCUUCUGAACUCCAUUGGAGUCUUCUCUCCUAUGCCCACUUUUUCAAUUGAAUCACUCAACAUCAUAAAUCACGACAUGAUGACUGUUAGCUACCAUGACCCUGCUAUCUCUUCCUUGGACGACAUUGCCCGAGCAUAUAUUGAGCAGAGCUCAGUUGCAGUUGUUGAUGAAGAAAACCGAUUGAUUGGUGAAAUCUCUCCCUUCACCCUGGCCUACUGUGAUGAGACCGUUGCAGCAGCAAUCGCGACACUUUCAGCUGGUGAUCUCAUGACUUACAUUGACUACGGUGGUCCUCCAGAGGACUUGAUCGAGUUGAUCAAGACGAGGCUACAAGAUAAGAAACUAGGAGCAAUGGUGGAGCUAUUAGAUGAAGAAUUUUCGCUGUCUUCUUCAUCAUCAUGUUCUGCUUCGAGUUGUUCAUCAGAUGAUGAAUUAGGCUCAAGCAAAGCUACUGUGCUAGGACGAUAUUCGUCAGCAAGAAGAUCCGAGGCAAUUACUUGUUAUCCAUGGAGUUCAUUGGUGGCUGUGAUGUUUCAAGCUCUUGCACAUCGUGCUAACUCCAUUUGGGUCAUGGAUGAAGAUCAUAAUAUGAUCGGAGUUGUAACAUUUCAGGGAAUUCUGGAAGUCUUCAGGAGUAUCGCUAAUGUGAGGCGUAAACCAGAAAGGGAGAAUACAUCAAAGCAAUAAUAAACACUUUGGGCUCGUUUGGUUGGGGAACAAAUUAUCCUAGGAUUGUUAUCCACCCUUAAUGUGGAUAAAAAUAACACUAUAAUUCUAGAAUAACUAAUCCUGAGAUAUAUUACCCGUGAUUUUAUCCUAACCAAACAUGGGAUUCUCAUUCUAAAAUUAAUCUCGAGACUAGUUAUCCCUUAUCCUUCAUACCAAACGAGCCCUUGAUGUUAUAUUUAUCAUGUUGAUUUUUAUUUUUAUUUUUUAUUUUUAAAAAACUGGGGACUAUGUUUUGCAUAAA